AUGGUGGACAGCAUUGUAGCAGACUGUCGGCAGGACGAUGUCCAGUGGGCGGAAGCUGCAGCGGAGCCAGUGGCGCUGAAGGUGCUGAACACCCACAAGCCAGGGGACUGUGAUGUGAUGGAUGUGGAUGACGAGUGGAGAAACAGCAUCAUGGCCCCACAUGCAUCACCACCGUCACUCAAAACGGUGCUGCCCUCCGGCUCCCCCCUGAUUCAGUCCAACGCCCACCAGCCGCCGUGCACGGCCCUUGCCGACCCCCACAGCGCCGCGCCCGAAAAGGACAUCGCCAACAUGGGCCGUGUGAUCGCCCUGUGCAGCCAGAACGCGCUGCAGAGGAGCAUGGAGCGAACGGCCGCAGCCAAGCGGCGCGUAGAGCAGCUGUGGGAGAGGCUCGGGUGGGACUCCAGGGAGCAGAAGCGGGCAAGGGCCGAGGCGGAGGAAAGUGCGGGGUAA